AUGCCCAAGAGACGUGCCCCCGCUGCUGCCACCGCCGCCACCGCGCCGCCACCAGACUCGGUGGUGGUAUAUUUCUCAGAGUUCUGCGUCUCCAAGGAGGAGGAGCGCAGACUCGAGGAUAUCCACCGCCGGGUUCUGGGCUGGGUCGGGCCGGCCGACCUGGCUGGGUGGUUCGAGGAGAAGAAUCUUCUCCAAAGGAUCACUCAGCUGCUGUUCGGUCUGGCGCCGACCCAGAGGGGUCCCAACCUGCCCUGGUUCCGAAGAACGUUCGCGCCCAGAGUCUGCUCCCGAGACCAAGAGCAGAAGGACAUCAACAACGACCUGGUGGGCUUCUUCGGACUCUUAGACCUAUACGACCGUGCCCGCAAGUUCCUGCCCGAAGAGGUGCAGGAAAAGUCUCAGUAUAUCCUGGGGGAGUACGUCGAGUGGGACCUGAUCAAGUUGUACACCCACAUCGAGCACGACAAGGACCAAGGCAUCUCGCCGUCCCCAGACUUCGACUCGUACUGGGACUUUGGAUUCGUCACCUGCAGCAACGCACCCGAGCGCGGCAAGCUCGCAAAGCUCUAUUUCCGCCUCUUCAGGGAGAUCAGGACGGUCCAGACAAAGCUCAGAAACGGCAAGCUCACGGCGCCCCAGCAAGUAACACUUUACAACUUUGCAAAGGCAACAAAGGAUGGCAAGAUCGUCGAGUUCUUCGCCUCGGCAUCGCCAACCCUCGCCGCAGACUUUGAGACCGCGUUCCCGGCCGCCACCCACCCCAUACACGCCUUUCUCUCCGUCGGCAUGGGAGGAUACCGCCCCACCGUCUGGCGUCUCAAGCAGGCGCUCGAGUGGCCCAUCUUGUCGACCCUGGUCUCAGAGGAAGUCGCCGUUGCGGUCGACGACUGGUUCCCCGAGAGGAUCCUGGACUACCGCAUCUGGGAGCCGAUGCUCGUGAUUUACGAAGCGCUCAUCCAUGAUCCGCUGGAGCUACACCGGCAGAGAAAGGCCGGCACCCUGGUCGAGUACGCAGAGAGCCUCGGCCGGGUCAGCAACGAAGUACGCUAUGAGCUGCUGCACCUUCCUCCCCUCGAGCAGGUUGCGAGGAUCAUCAAAAGGCGGUCGUAG